CACUCCAGCAGACAGAAUCCAAACUCAUGAUCUCCCACUGGUCCUCUUUGUUUUAUAGUUCUAGGAUUAUCUAAUUGUCUUGUUGAAACGCCAGGAACAAAAUCGGAAACCUACACGGAUCUUCUCUGUUUUUUAUCAGUUAUAUUUGAGCAUUUUCUAUUUUACUGGUGAACUAAAUACUAAAUUGAGACAAGAUGUUGCCUGCAACUUUCAAACUGUGUGCCGGCAUCUCCUACCGACAUAUGCGUAAAAUGACAGGUUUGAGGAAGAAUGCAAUGGUAGCUAUUCACCAUGAGUUGAACAUGCUAGCAGGGCCCAACCCUAGCAGCUGGAUCCAUCAUGUCCGCCGCAGGAGCUCACUACUCAGCUCGCGGAUGGAGGAGAAGCAGGGUUACAACGAAGAGGAGGUGAUGUAUGUGAAGCAGGGAGAGGAGGCACUGCAGAAGUCUAUCAGCAUCCUUGGCGAUCAGGAAGGAUGGACCACUGAGAUUGUUGCUGCAAAUGGAGACAAGGUGAUGAGUAAGAUGUUACCUGAUGUGGGGAAGGUGUUUAAGCUAGAGGUGCUGUUGGACCAGCGCUCUGAUAACCUCUAUGGGGAGUUGGUCGACAACAUGGAGCAGAUGGGUGAAUGGAACCCCAAUGUUAAAGAGGUCAAGAUCCUCCAGAAGAUUGGCCCGGAAACUAUGGUGACCCAUGAGGUAUCUGGACCCACGCCGGGUAACGUGGUGGGCCCACGGGACUUCGUCAGCGUUCGCUGUGCCAAGCGCAGGGGGUCCACAUGCUUCCUGGCAGGCAUGUCCACCCAGCACUCCAGCAUGCCUGAACAGAGAGGCAUUGUCAGGGCGCAGAAUGGACCAACGUGUAUAGUGAUGAGGCCUAGUGUGGAUGACCCCAACAAGACCAAGUUUACCUGGCUGUUAAGCAUAGACUUAAAGGGGUGGAUUCCAAAGACCAUUAUAAACAAAGUACUUUCACAGACACAGGUGGACUUUGCCAACCACCUUAGGCAGAGGAUGGCUGACAACAGCCUUUCCAUGGAGAUGGCCCCAGCUUGCUGACAUGCCGUGCCCUAUGAGCUUACCAUUAACGUAUGCCAAUUGCAUGCCACCAGAUGGACAGCUGUGCUCAGCCAUCUAUUCCGCUUCCUGCAUCCAUCAAAGGCAUUCCUAGAGGAUCAGUACCAUAGGGCCAAUUCAGAACUACUCUUCUGAAAUUAGAAUUUUUAGGACAGAAUUUGGGGACAGUUAGAUGAAGCCUUGUUCUUUUGAAUCCUGAACUCUUUAGCAGUCUCAAGUGUUUUACUCUCCUCACAACCUUCCCUUCAUACUGAUCAUACCUACUACCAUAAUCAGCUGUUAACACGCUAGAUGAAAGGGAGAGACCAGGACAGGACACGUUUAGGACACAUUUGUGCAUAUGUCAUACAUUAGACCAGAUGUUUCCCAAUGUGCCCCCUUUACACCGCACUAACCCUCUUUUCAAAACAUUCCCACAAGUCUGUAUAGUGUUUCUAUGGUGCACUAUCAAAGUCACUUUUCAUCCAGCCAUGCAGCUGGUGACUGCAUUGUUAUUGUAUCCUCAGUGUGGAAUUUGCACUUUCAUUUUAAUAUUAUAUUUAUUGUAAAAACAUUGUCAUUGCAUUACAAUAGGUUAGAGUGGCUGCCAAUGAAAUAAAAUAUUUUAACAUCA